AUGGCUUAUAAGGAAAAGGCCAUUGCUUCAGAGCAAGUUGACGGGUCUUUCAAAGACCAAUUUAAAAGGAUUUAUGAUUAUGCAAAUGAGUUGCUAGCUCGUAAUCCAAGAUCCACAAUGAAGGUAAAGGUUGAAGAUGGUGGCAGUGGACCAAUAUUUAAAAGAUUUUAUUGUUGUCUAAAGGCCUGCAAGGAUAAUUUUGUGUCCUGCAGGCCAAUUAUUGGACUAGAUGGUGCGUUUUUGAAAGGAAGAUAUGGUGGUGAAUUAUUAACUGUUGUUGGUAGAGAUGCAAAUGAUCAAAUGUUACCUCUAGCUUAUGCCGUGGUGGAGGUAGAGAACAAGGAUACUUGGAAAUGGUUUCUUGAACUUCUUGUUGAAGAUCUUGGUGGGGAGGAAGUGAGUUCAUCAUUUACAUUGAUGUCGGAUCAACAAAAGUUGAAGCGUUUGAUGUGGAAGGCAGCAUCAGCAACCCAACCACAAGCAUGGGAAUUAGAAAUGAGAAAUAUAAAACAACUAAAUGAUGAGGCCUUUAAAUAUUUGCUGAAAAUUCCUCCCAGCUGGUCAGCAGAGAAGCUUUUUGAAGUGCGCCAUGUCUCCCAAGCUGGUGACAGGUUUGUUGUCAAUUUAGAUGAACAUUCAUGUACAUGCAGGAAGUGGGCUAUCAGUGGCGUACCAUGUUGUCACUCUUUGACUGCUAUGAAAUUCCUAAAUCUACAACGAGAGGAAUUCAUACCAUGCUGCUUUAGGAAGACAACACAUGAAGAAACUUACACUCCAAUUGUGUAUCCAAUUAAUGGUCAGAACAUGUGGGAGAUUACCCCAUAUGUUGAUGUGUUGCCUCCACCAAAAAGAAUAAUGCCUGGGAGACCAAAGAAGAAGCGAAGGUUGGAGCAAUGGGAGUUGGUGAAGGACGAUAACAGAAUGACAAAGGGUGGUAUAAAGAAAAGAUGUGCAAUAUGCAAGCAACUGGGCCACAACAAAACAUCUUGCACCCAGUCAACUGAACCAAUGAUGUCGUCAACAAAUGAAGAUGAAGUUGCCUUAUAA